GGUCGCGGCCUCCCGGCUAACGCGGUUACCGUGGAAACCGCGGCCAUGGCUGCACCGCGGCAAGUCCCCAGCCACACAGUGCCCCGUAAGCCCAGCUGCUCUACAAACUCGUCGUUCACCCGGACGCCGGUGCCCACCGUGUCUCUGGGUUCCCGCGAGCUGCCUGUCUCGCCGUGGCAGGUCGCCGAGCCGUCAAGCAAGAAUCUGUGGGAGCAGAUCUGCGACGAGUAUGAAGCUGAGCAGCCUCCCUUUCCAGAAGGAUAUAAAGUCAAACAGGAACCUGUGAUUACUGUUGCACCAGUAGAGGAAAUGCUUUUUCAUGGCUUCAGUGCAGAGCACUAUUUUCCGGUUUCCCAUUUCACCAUGAUCUCACAUACACCCUGUCCUCAAGAUAAAUCGGAAACAGUCAACCCAAAAACAUGUUCUCCCAAAGAAUAUUUGGAAACUUUCAUCUUUCCUGUUCUGCUUCCCGGAAUGGCUAGCCUGCUUCACCAAGCGAAGAAAGAAAAAUGUUUUGAGAGGAAAAGAACCAAAUUCAUUGCCUGUGAUUUUCUGACCGAGUGGUUAUACAACCAAAAUCCAAAGAGGGCAGGGGAGCCAUUCACAGAAUUUUUCUCCAUUCCAUUUGUGGAGGAGUGGCUAAAGCAACACCCACGGCCGCCAAUCCCACUCUCCCUCCUGCUGACAGAAGAGGAAGCGGCCCUCUACAUUCAAUCCUUCUGGAGAGCCUAUUUGGUAAGAAUCAUAUGCAACUGUGAAUCACUUGAACUCAGAAGGUGGAGGUUGCAACUGAGGCGGGCAGAUCACAUGAGCAAGAGGAUCUCUUGGUUCUGGGAGAAACCUAAACAAAAAAUGAAAUGCAAAAUGGAGGACGAUGUGGUACCUGCAGGCAAAAUGAAAAUUCCAUCAUCUUAACCACAGCUAAGAUGUAUCUUUGCCCAUUCGAGCACAAGUUACCUCGUGCAAGGAAAAUGUCCAAAGUAUGCUUUCUCUCUUGUGAUUUCUUUAACAAGACUUGGAACAUAUGAAAAUGGAAUCUUUUCUGUACAAGACAGGAUUCACUGCAAACAAGCUUUAGUGCAAAUAGUUUAGAAAAGAAAGGACCAGUCUUUACUUUCUGCAUUAUCCUCACAUUUUAUUCAUUCAUCCAGAUUAUUUCUUCAGUGCCUCAGGAGUAUCCUUCUACACCAGCUGCUGUUAAAAUGUACAAUGAACUCUAGUCCCAAGGGAUACAGAAAUGCUCUUAUUACCAGUUUUCCCACUCUUGGCCGCUUUUGCAAAGAUCUGUAUUCUAAUUUAAGUCCCCAACCUCUGAAUUUGGUUUUAAGUUUACCUAGUGACUGACCACUCUUUUUAUAACAACAGACCUUAUACUUAUGAUCAUUUCCAAAGGAGACCACCCCUUAACUUUUACUGCAAACCCAACAAGAUGAGACACUUAAACCCAGACAGAUGUAACAAAGGAUUUCUGUUGUCUGAGUCCCAGAGUAUUAUAUAGAAAGUUUCUGCUUUUAUGGGUAAAUAAGCUUAUUAUCUUAAUUUGUUCUGUGGUUUGCCGUUAACCAAGAUUCUCUCAUUUAAAAUGCCACAGACUGAGCCUCAGGGCAGAUCCGAAAGCCUAGUAGUUAGUUGCAUUGAGUUGUUUUCACAAGCUACCACACGUCUUAAGUAAAUAGUAAAGCCUUUAUUUUUGUGUUAAGAACAGCAUUUUGAAAAUAAAACCUAUCUGCCCAUGCUUUACAACCUUUUAAAUUUGUAAUAUUUAUAUAGUCAUGUAUGGUACAUAUUGAUUGUCUUGAAAUUUCUUUAACUUCUUUUUUAUAAGUAUGCAACAGUCAGCCAGGGGGAAGAUAAAGUUACAUUAUAAAACACACAUUAAUGCAUUUAAUAAAUAUAUAUUAUCUAUCAAAAAUGAGCCUUAGCUCUUCAUCAAUUAAUAAAAAGCACCUGCUGAGGACUCCUGUAAGCUGGUAUCAUCAUUGCAUCAUUGGAUUAUAAAAGCCACAAUGCUCCCUUUCAGCUUGGGGUUUGGCCUGAGGCGUUCAACUCAGCCUUGGCCAACCAAGACCACCACCCGAAUUCACCCUUGUUCAGUGGGCCCUGACGGCAUCUGGGCUAAAAAAAAAAAAAAAAAAAGCACUGGGUGCUCAACUUCCAACAACCGGAUCUUCAACUCUGGAAACCCUGGAGAUGCACAGAACUUCCCAGUUUGUAAGCUGUCAGAGCUGAACCCCUCUCUUCCCACCCUCCAUCUCCAGUGGGGAGAAAUCCAGGCUAGAACGACAAUUUUCUAUUAAAAGGGGGGACAAGAGUGGCUGUUAUAGUCCCAAAGCGAUGUUAAUAACCAGACACGGAACGAUUUGUGCUUACAAUGAGAGAUUUUGAUCACAGAUGCUCUCCUUCCAGGUCGUUUUCCCUAAACAAGUCUUGUUUACACAAACAGAUCUUAAAGAGAGGUGCCAUUUAAUUUUGUCUUUAAACCUUGCUCCACGGGGGGCAGCUGGCUGCUACAGUCUUGGCAAAGAUGCCUCUUGGUACUUUUCAGGUGAAGUCAUUAGAAAAAGAACAGCUCUCUCCCUUCUCCCCUCACUCCCACCUCCGCCCCCAUUAUGAAGGGGUUCAGCCCACUCUCAACCUUAAAAGCCAAAAUAAAACAAAACCCUAAGUGCAAUAACAGAUCAGAUUUAAAAGGGGCGUAAAGGUCUCAUUAAGUGAGGCUUCCCAUGGCUCAAAGAUGGCUCUGUUCUUAGGUUGGGGAAGCGUGACUUUCCAUGGCAGCCAUUUGUGCUGUGCUCACCUUAUAUGCUUGGACAAUAAAGAACUUA